AGAGAAGCGAGAAAAAGUGUGUGGAAAACCUCUGGAUAUCUGUUUGGAAUAGCGACAGCAACACUCACAACACCUUCAGCAGUGAGGAUGUCGCGCUGGGUGCCUACAAAAAAGGAGAAGUACGGAGUGGCCGUCUACAACUAUGACGCUCGCAGUAACGAAGAGCUGUCCUUACAGAUCGGAGACACUGUUCACAUACUGGAGACUUACGAAGGAUGGUAUCGAGGGUAUCGGCUGAGGAGAAAAUCCAAGAAGGGUGUGUUUCCGGCUUGUUAUAUUCAUCUGAAGGAGGCUACGGUUGAAGGCAGCGGGCAAAAGGAGACUGUGAUUCCUACCGAACUUCCUCUGGUUCAUGAGGUCACGACAACGUUACGAGAAUGGGCCGCAAUAUGGAGAGACUUAUAUGUGGGCGACAAGCGGGAGAUGUUCAACACGGUCCGAGACAUGAUCUACGACCUGAUCGAGUGGCGCUCGCAGAUCCUGUCCGGCACACUCCCACAGGACGAGCUGACUGAACUCAAACAGAGAGUCACCUCCAAGAUGGACUACGGGAACAAGUAUUUAGACCUGGAUCUGGUGGUGAGAGAUAAAGAUGGGAAUAUUCUGGAUCCCGACCUCACCAGCACCGUCAAUCUGUUCCGAGCGCACGAAACCGCGUCCAAGCAGAUUGAAGCUCGCAUCCAAGAGGAGAAGUCUCAGAAGCAGAACUUGGAUUUGAACAGGCUGGCGAAGUUUGCCUCCACACCCUCGUUCGCUUUGUUCGUCACGCUCAAGAAUGUCGUCUGCAAAAUCGGAGAAGAUGCGGAAGUGCUGAUGUCACUUUAUGACCCCAUUGAGUCCAAGUUUAUCAGUGAGAAUUAUCUUGUGCGCUGGUCCAGCUCUGGUUUGGUGAAAGACAUCGAUCAGCUUCAUAACCUACGGGCCGUAUUUACUGAUCUGGGGAGUGAAGAUCUGAAGAGGGAGAAAAUCAGUUUUGUUUGUCAGAUUGUUCGAGUGGGCCGAAUGGAGCUCAGAGAUAACAACACAAAAAAAUUAACGUCAGGUCUCCGCAGACCCUUCGGUGUGGCAGUAAUGGACGUGACAGACAUCAUCACAGGAAAGAUGGACGAUGAGGACAAACAACAUUUCAUUCCUUUCCAGCCGGUGGCAGGAGAGAGCGACUUCCUGCAGAGCGUCAUCAACAAGGUCAUCGCUGCCAAAGAGGUCAAUCACAAAGGUCAAGGUUUGUGGGUCACGCUGAAGCUUCUUCCAGGUGACAUUCAUCAGAUCCGCAAGGAUUUUCCUCAUCUGGUGGAUCGAUCCACUGCAGUCGCUCGCAAAAUGGGCUUCCCGGAAAUCAUCAUGCCAGGUGAUGUUCGUAAUGACAUCUAUGUGACGCUGGUUCAGGGGGAUUUUGACAAAGGCAGUAAAACGACACCCAAGAACGUGGAGGUCACCAUGUCUGUACACGACGAAGAUGGCAAGAAACUUGAGAGCGUGAUCUUCCCAGGUGCUGGAGAUGAAGGCAUUCUGGAGUACAAAUCUGUCAUUUAUUAUCAGGUCAAACAGCCGCGCUGGUAUGAAACCAUCAAGGUUGCGAUCCCGAUUGAAGAUGUAAACAGGAGUCACCUGCGUUUCACCUUCAAGCAUCGCUCAUCUCAAGACUGUCUUUAUGAGAACAAAGGAGAGAGUGAUUUCAUGGAGUCCCUCAGGAAUCUCUUCGCUUCGUUUAAUGCCAUGAUGAACAGCGGUGCUGAAGGGACCGGAGGGGUGAAGGGUGCUGCACUCAAAUACGUCCCGACAAUCGUCAAUGAUCUCAAACUGGUCUUUGACCCAAAGGAGCUCAGUAAACUCUUCAGUGAGUUUAUCCUUAAAGUUCCCCUGGGGAGACUGGUAAAGCAGAAGCUCCACUGCAUGAUCGACAUCGUCCACAGCGACCUGUUUACUCAGCAUGACUGCAGAGAGAUCCUGUUGCCUCUGAUGACAGAUCAGCUCAAACUUCAUUUGGAGAAUCAUGAAGAGCUGGAGUCCUGCUGUCAGCUGCUCAGCGACAUACUGGAGGUGCUUUACAGGAAAGACGUGGGCCCGACGCAGUGGCAUGUGCAGAUCAUCAUGGAGAAACUGCUGAGGACCAUCAACAGGACAGUGAUCUCCAUGGGCAGAGACUCUUCUCUCAUAGGCAGUUUUGUGGCCUGUAUGACCGGCACACUACGGCAGAUGGACGACUAUCACUACACACACCUCAUCAGCACUUUUGGGAAGAUGCGCACAGACGUGGUGGAUUUCCUCAUGGAGACGUUUAUCAUGUUUAAGGACCUGAUAGGGAAGAACGUCUAUCCUGGAGACUGGGUUAUAAUGAACAUGAUGCAGAAUAAAGUCUUCCUGCGAGCCAUCAAUCAAUACGCCGCUGUUCUCAGCAAGAAGUUCCUGGAUCAAACCAACUUUGAGCUGCAGUUGUGGAAUAACUACUUUCAUCUUGCUGUGGCGUUCCUUACCCAGGAGUCUUUGCAGCUGGAGAACUUUUCGAGUGACAAACGGGCCAAGAUCUUCCACAAAUAUCAAGACAUGAGGCGACAGAUUGGAUUCGAGAUCCGAGACAUGUGGUACAACCUGGGUCCACACAAGAUCAAGUUCAUCCCGGAGAUGGUGGGUCCCAUUCUGGAGAUGACGCUGGUUCCGGAGAUCGAGCUGCGAAAAGCCACUAUUCCCAUCUUUUUUGACAUGAUGCAGUGCGAGUUUCACUUCAGACGCUGCUUCCAGACGUUUGAGAACGAGAUCAUCACCAAGCUGGAUCACGAGGUGGAGGGAGGCCGCGGAGAUGAACAGUACAAAAUCCUCUUCCAGAAGAUUUUGUUGGAGCACUGCAGAAAGCACAAGUAUCUGGCUAAGACUGGUGAAACCUUCGUGACUCUGGUGGUGCGUCUGUUGGAGAGACUCCUGGACUACAGGACCAUCAUGCAUGAUGAAAACAAGGAGAACCGCAUGAGCUGCACAGUUAACGUGCUGAAUUUCUACAAGGAGAUUGAAAGAGAAGAGAUGUACAUCAGGUACCUGUAUAAGCUGUGUGACCUGCAUAAAGAGUGUGACAACUAUACAGAAGCCGGAUACACAUUACUGCUGCACGCCAAACUCCUCAAGUGGUCAGAAGAGGCCUGUGCUGCUCACCUGACGCAGAGAGACGGAUAUCAGGCCAGCACUCAGGGUCAACUCAAAGACCAGCUCUACCAGGAGAUCAUCAACUACUUCGACAAGGGCAAGAGGAAACAGGCUCAGUUUUAUGAGAGCAUCGUGAAGGUGAUCAGACCCAAGCCGGAUUACUUUGCCGUGGGUUAUAAUGGACUGGGCUUCCCUUCGUUCCUGCGGAAUAAGAUGUUCAUCUACCGGGGUAAGGAGUACGAGCGCUGGGAGGAUUUCGAAGCUCGGCUGCUCACUCAGUUCCCCAACGCUGAGAAGAUGAAGACCACCACGCCUCCCAGCGAGGACAUCCGGAACUCAUCUGGACAGUACAUUCAGUGUUUCACAGUGAAGCCUUUGCUAGAACUACCACCAAAAUUUCAAAACAAACCCGUAUCAGAGCAAAUCGUCAGCUUUUACACCGUGAACGAGGUGCAGAAGUUCCAGUAUUCACGGCCGGUCCGGAAGGGAGAGAAAGAUCCAGACAACGAGUUUUCAAACAUGUGGAUUGAAAGGACGACUUAUGUAACGGCCUAUAAGCUGCCUGGUAUCCUGCGCUGGUUUGAAGUCCUGUCUGUGUCAGCGGAAGAAAUCAGUCCUCUGGAGAAUGCGAUGGAGACCAUGCAACUGACCAAUGAGAAAAUCAGCAACAUGGUUCAGCGUCACCUCAAUGACCCAAAUCUUCCCAUCAACCCCCUCUCUAUGCUGCUCAAUGGCAUCGUUGACCCAGCUGUCAUGGGUGGCUUUACUAAUUAUGAGAAGGCGUUCUUCACUGAGAAAUAUUUCCUAGAACAUCCAAAUGACCAGGAGAAGAUUGAAAGACUGAAGGAUCUGAUUGCUUGGCAGAUUCCCAAUCUGGCUGAAGGGGUGCGGAUCCACGGAGAGAAGGUGACAGAGGCUUUGCGGCCGUUCCACGAGCGCCUAGAAGCCUGUUUCAGACAGCUGAAAGAGAAGGUGGAGAAGCAGUACGGCAUCAGAACACUACCUCCAAUGACGGAUGAGCGGCGCGGCAGUCGACCUCGAUCAAUGGUUCGUUCCUUCACCAUGCCGUCGUCUCAGAGGCCUCUGUCUGUGGCAUCCGUCACCUCCUUAUCCUCAGACAACUCGCCAUCCAGACCGGGAUCAGACGGAUUUGCCUUGGAGCCUCUCCUGCCAAAGAAGCAGCACUUUAAGUCUCAGGAUAAACUGGACCGAGACGAGCCUGAGAAAGACAGAAAGGAGAAGAAGAAGGAGAAGAGGAACAGCAAACACCAGGAGCUGUUCGAUAAAGAGCUGAAGACGGCCGACAUUCCUUUGCAGGCCAAUGAGGCUGUCAUUCUGUCAGAGACGAUCAGUCCAUUGAGGCCCCAGAGGCCGAAGAGUCAAGUGAUCAACCUGCUGGGGGAGAAGAGACUCUCGGUUUCUCCAGGAGCCCCUGCGAACCAGUCUGUGCCCAGCGUUCCUCCACCCAUCACCCCACGGGCCAAACUACAGUUCAGCCUGCUGUCUGGAUCCAAUCUGGAGCUGAAUGGGACGAGUUAUGCAGAUAAGGGGGAAACCCCGCCCCCACUGCCUGUCAAGAGCAGCAUGGGUGACUAUGGAAACCUGAUGGACAACUCGGACCUGGCCAGUCCGACAACACCCCCUCCACCACCACCACACCAGCGGCACCUUCCACCCCCAUUACCCAGCAAGACCCCUCCGCCUCCCCCUCCAAAGACCACUCGAAAACAGACCUCCAUUGACUCGGGAAUCGUCCAGUAAGAGAGAAGAUGGCAAUGUCAGAUGGAGACGUCCACAUCGGCCCUCAUCCAAUGAUUUUACGUCAACAUCCCUGACAGAAUGGCAUGAUGAAUACCUCACAUCAGCCUCGCUCAUAACAGCUGAUCAUUGAGUGUCCAAAAGCCUCGACCCCGGUGACAGAGCAAACCCAGAGCGGAAAAGCAGCUGACACCUCGCCAGACGACAGCAAAUAUAGAU